UGGAACGUAAAUUUCAGUUAGGACCAGAAAAACUAAACCCUAGCCAAACCCUUUUGUACUCAGAGGUCGUCUUGUUUCUGGGGAAGAAUCCUGCGACUUGAUCGUGUCUUCGAAGCAGCCAUGAAGGUGUUCGAGAUCAAUGGAACCACCCUAACUCUCGCUCUCUUCACAGACGUUACCAAUUCCAAGGAGCUUCUUGAUGCCAUGCAAGCUGGAACUCUGGAACCGGAAGUUGCAUUUCUCAAUGCUUCUCUUAUUCCGGAUGUUUUCCCGGUGCUUGCGGCUGCUUAUAAGACACAGAUAUCCAAGUCAAGGGAUUCUUUGACUACCCGCACCCUUCAUUCAGAACUCGUCUACAAUUAUUCGGGUUCAAAGCAUAUUACAGAGUCUUUAAAAAGGUGUGGAAUUUCUGAUAGCUCCUCUUAUGUCCUUGCUGCUCGUUUUAAUGCUUCUCCCGAUGAGACGAAGGCCAUCGAGAAACUAGUGCACGGUGAAGAGAUCAACUUAGAGGAAUUGGGAGGGAGAGCAGACCAAGCUCUGAUACAAAAGCAUUUUAAGAUCACUGGACCCGAGUUGACAAUAUCCUCAAUUGGAGAUACCAUAACAUGUAGAAUCGCUGCACGGGAUGCCUUGUAGCUGAAAAUUUGCGACAAGUUCGUCUUUCGCUGUUAGUACACGAAGUUACUCCUUUACAGGUGAAUGUAAUAAAUUGUUGACAGUAAAAUUACUUUUAGGUUGAUGAUGUCUAAGCUGAUUUAUAGAAUGUUCAAAUUGUUAUGCUGUUGAUGUCCGAGGAGAACUGAUUAAUUCUCUGGCGCUUGGUAGCUAUGCUGCCUCUUAGCCAAUGAACGAGGGCCCUGAGCUCCUUUGUGCUUUUUAUUGAACGCUUUUCACUCAAUACAGCUCUUUUAUGAUACAUA